AUGGCCUCGCCGAGAUGCUUCUUCCUAGACCUACCUUGCGAAAUUCGUCUCGAUAUCUACGCCCUUCUCCUUCUCAUCCACCCUCCCCUAGAUAGAGUCGGCCCGUCCUCGCCGCAAGCACGGCUCCAUCCCGCAAUCCUUUCCACCAACCGGCAAAUCCAUACAGAGGGGACGCCCAUUCUCUACGGCAGCAAUAUAUUCCUCGCGCACACCAAACUUCUCGCCUCCUUUCCGCGUCUACGGCCAUGGUACUCGCCCGUCCGGGAGCGCUCCGUGCUCCCCCGCAUCCGCCGCUUCCACAUCCGGCUGCGGCUAGACUGCGACCUGGCGUUUGAUGCCGCGGCCGCGACGGCAGCAUUCAACGGCGUGGAUGAGCUCGUCGUCGAGGUGUGGCAGGCCGCCUUCCAGAGUGCGGACCAUGGUGCGCUGCGGGUGUUUGAGGAGGUCCGGGCAGUCAAGACUGUCAGGGUCUAUGGCAGCAUCACAGGGUUUGAGGACUAUGUGGACUGGCUUGAGGGUGUGAUGCGCCGCGGCGGUGAAAUCGAGGGCAGCAAAGACAUCAGUCUUGUCGGGACGAUGUCAUCUCAAAGUCGAAUCCCAUUUCUCGUCACUCCUGUACAGUCCAAGGCAUUGUGCAACCAGCAGACUCCCAUGCAUCCAGGAAGCUUCGGUCGCACGAGAUUGAGUCUUUCUAUACGAUCUGGAGUUGCCAGCUCAUACAGCAUCUAUACGAUUCGAGCUUUCAUAGCUAGCACGCAGCAAACGUCCCCCGGACCUCAUUACUGUGGUGGUCGCGCUCUCGUCAAUGGCGACAUCACACCCCGCGGUGACAACACUGGACUCCACUCCGCGCUCGCACCUGCUCCUCCACGGGUCCCCUGA